AUGAUUUGGAGUAAGGUCAUCCGGGGAAUUACCUUGCUUUCUCUUACUGGACCCGGAAUUGUGGGGAACCUCUUUCUACUUGCGGGACAUGCGUCCGCUUUUCUCACGAGACCCGAGAAAAAACCCAUACACCUUAUCCUCGCCCAACUGGCCUUUGCAAACACGAUCAUUCUUUGUACCAAAGGGAGCAAAGAUAUCACCGUAUCUUUUCAUCUCAGAAAUGGCCUAGGCACUGCUACUUGCAAAACUGUGUUUUAUCUGGGGAGAGUGGCCCGUGGCCUGUCCAUGUGCACCACCUGUCUCCUCAGCGUGGUCCAGGCCAUCGCCAUCAGCCCCAGGACCUCCUCGUGGAGAAAGCUCAAGCCCCACACCGCGCGGCAAGUGCUCCCCUCUCUCCUCCUCUUCUGGAUCGUGAAUUCCCUGAUAAGCUCCAACUUGCUCUCCUACAUCACAGCCUCCCAGAGCACGAACGGGUCCGGGAUCACACCGUCUGGCUCCCACCCCUAUUGCCACAUGCUGCCCUCGGGGCUGAUCGUCAGGUGGCUCUUCCUGACUCUCAUGGCGCUGCGGGACAUCAUCUCCCAGAGCCUCAUGGGCUGGAGCAGCGGGUACAUGGCUUUCCGUCUGUGCAAGCAUCGCCAGAGUGUGCUCCACCUGCGGAGCUCCGGAUUCCAGCGAAAUUCCAGCCCAGAGACGAGAGCUACGCGGAGUGCCCUCCUCCUCAUGGCCUGCUUCCUUCUCUUUUAUUGGGCAGACUUCAUUUUCUCCUUCUGCAUCGGCUCCUUCUUGACCCAUGACCACACGGCGUUAAAUACGAAACUGUUUCUAACGCUCGGUUACGCCAGUCUCAGCCCGUUUGUGCUGAUCAGCAGGGCCUCCCGCCAGCCUCCCCGCCGGAGUGCCCGCCGAGAUGUGGGGAAAGUACACCGUGCACCACCUCCUCCAGGAGCGGAGCGUUAGAUUCG